AUGUCUGACAAGUGGGCUUUCGUGAUUCUGCUGCUGCAGCUCUGCAGCACUGACUGUGGAUUCUGUGGGAAGGUUCUGGUGUGGCCCUGUGACAUGAGCCACUGGCUCAAUCUAAAGAUUAUUCUGGAGGAACUCACAGAGAGAGGACAUGAGGUGACAGUGUUGACUCCUGAACAUACUCAGCUCAUUGACUACAAGAAGCCUUCCCGACUGAACUUUGAGGUAUUUCAUUCACCAUACGACAAAGAACUAAUUGAGAUUGUAAAUGAUAAAUUUAUGGGCCUAGUUCUUAAUGUGUUACCAUUCUGGCAAUCCGUGAUAAAAAUGAACAAAUUCUUUUUUGAAAUAACUCAGAUUUUAAAAUCCAUGUGUGAGAGUACAGUCUACAAUCAAACACUCAUGAAGAAGCUCCAGGAAACCAAGUAUGAUGUAAUGAUUAUAGACCCCGUGAUGCCCUGUGGAGAGCUAGUGGCUGAAUUGCUUGCAGUCCCUUUUGUGUUCACUUUAAGAGCCUCUUUCGCAGGCAUAAAGGAGAAACACUGUGGGAAACUUCCAGCACCACUUUCCUAUGUACCUGUUCAAAUGGUGGGCCUAACAGACCGAAUGACCUUUCUGGAAAGAGUAAAGAAUACAAUGCUUUCAAUUUUCUUUUACUUCUGGGACAGGUAUUGUGACUUUCAUUUUUGGGACCAGCUUUAUACUGAGGCAUUAGGAAGACGUACUACAUUAUGUGAGACUCUGGGGAAAGCUGAAAUUUGGUUAAUUCGAACAUAUUGGGAUUUCGAAUUUCCUCGUCCAUACCUACCUAAUUUUGAAUUUGUUGGAGGACUGCACUGCAAACCUGCAAAACCUUUACCUACGGAAAUAGAAGAAUUUGUCCAGAACUCAGGUGAAGAUGGUAUUGUGGUAUUUUCUCUGGGUGCAAGUAUCCAAAAUCUCCCAGAAGAGAAGGCCAAUCUUAUUGCUGCAGCCCUAGCCCAGAUUCCACAGAAGGUUUUAUGGAGAUACACAGGAAAGAAACCGGCCACAUUAGGAGCCAAUACUCGGCUCUAUGACUGGAUACCCCAGAAUGAUCUUCUUGGUCAUCCAAAAACCAAAGCUUUUCUUACUCAUGGUGGAAUAAAUGGGAUCUAUGAAGCUAUUUAUCAUGGAGUCCCUAUGGUGGGCGUCCCCAUAUUUGGCGAUCAGCACGAUAACAUCAUUCGCAUGAAGGCCAAAGGAGUGGCUGUAGAGUUGAACAUAAACACAAUGACCAGUGCAGAUUUGCUCAACGCCUUGAGAACAGUCAUUAAUGAUCCUUCUUAUAAAAGAAAUGCUAUGAGGUUAUCAAGGAUUCACCAUGAUCAACCUGUAAAGCCCCUGGAUAGAGCAGUCUUCUGGAUCGAGUUUGUCAUGCGCCACAAAGGAGCCAAACACCUGCGGCCAGCCAUCCACGACCUCACCUGGUUUCAGUACCACUCUUUGGAUGUGAUUGGAUUUCUAUUGGCCUGUGCAGCAUCUGCUAUAUUCUUAGUCACCAAAUAUUGUGUGUGUUCUUGUAGAAAAUUUGGUAAAACAGGAAAGAAGAAAAAGAGGAAAAACACACGAAACUCCUGCAGAGCAGCAUGUGAGGGAGCUGCUGACACGAUGUCUGACAAGUGGGCUUUGGUGAUUCUGCUGCUGCAGCUCUGCAGCACUGACUGUGGAUUCUGUGGGAAGGUUCUGGUGUGGCCCUGUGACAUGAGCCACUGGCUCAAUCUAAAGAUUAUUCUGGAGGAACUCACAGAGAGAGGACAUGAGGUGACAGUGUUGACUCCUGAACAUACUCAGCUCAUUGACUACAAGAAGCCUUCCCGACUGAACUUUGAGGUAUUUCAUUCACCAUACGACAAAGAAUUAAUUGAGAAUGUAAAUGAUAAAUUUAUCAACCUAGUUCUUAAUGUCUUACCAAAUGUAACACUCUGGCAAUCAGUGAUUAAAAUGAAGGAAUUCUUUGUUGAAAUAACUCAGAUUUUAAAAUCCAUGUGUGAGAGUACAGUCUACAAUCAAACACUCAUGAAGAAGCUCCAGGAAACCAAGUAUGAUGUAAUGAUUAUAGACCCCGUGAUGCCCUGUGGAGAGCUAGUGGCUGAAUUGCUUGCAGUCCCUUUUGUGUUCACUUUAAGAGCCUCUUUAGCAGGCAUGAAGGAGAAGCACUGUGGGAAACUUCCAGCCCCACUUUCCUAUGUACCUGUUCAAAUGGUGGGCCUAACAGACCGAAUGACCUUUCUGGAAAGAGUAAAGAAUACAAUGCUUUCAAUUUUCUUUGACUUCUGGGUCCAGGAUUAUGACAUUCAUGUUUGGGACCAGUUUUACACUGAGGCAUUAGGAAGACAUACUACAUUAUGUAAGACUCUGGGGAAAGCUGAAAUUUGGCUAAUUAGAACAUAUUGGGAUUUUGAAUUUCCUCGUCCAUACCUACCUAAUUUUGAAUUUGUUGGAGGACUGCACUGCAAACCUGCAAAACCUUUACCUAAGGAAAUAGAAGAAUUUGUCCAGAAAUCAGGCCAACAUGGUAUUGUGGUAUUUUCUCUGGGUUCAAUCAUCCAAAAUCUCCCAGAAGAGAAGGCCAAUCUUAUUGCCUCAGCCCUAGCCCAGAUUCCACAGAAGGUUUUAUGGAGAUACACAGGAAAGAAACCGGCCACAUUAGGAGCCAAUACUCGGCUCUAUGACUGGAUACCCCAGAAUGAUCUUCUUGGUCAUCCAAAAACCAAAGCUUUUCUUACUCAUGGUGGAAUAAAUGGGAUCUAUGAAGCUAUUUAUCAUGGAGUCCCUAUGGUGGGCAUCCCCAUAUUUAGUGAUCAGCACGAUAACAUCAUUCACAUGAAGGCCAAAGGAGUGGCUGUGGAGUUGAACAUGAACACAAUGACCAGUGCAGAUUUGCUCAGCGCCUUGAGAACAGUCAUUAAUGAUCCUUCUUAUAAAAGGAAUGCUAUGAGGUUAUCAAGGAUUCACCAUGAUCAACCUGUAAAGCCCCUGGAUAGAGCAAUCUUCUGGAUCGAGUUUGUCAUGCGCCACAAAGGAGCCAAACACCUGCGGCCAGCCAUCCACGACCUCACCUGGUUUCAGUACCACUCUUUGGAUGUGAUUGGAUUUCUACUGGCCUCUGCAGCAUCUGCUAUAUUCUUAGUCACCAAAUGUUGUCUGUUUUCUUAUAGAAAAUUGGGUAAAACAGGAAAGAAGAAAAAGAAGAAAUAGAUCCUUCCAUGUUUGGCAAAGUCCUGAGUGGACAAUCCUGUUCAACUCAGCCACAAAUUAUUUAAUGAAAACACCACCCCUCCUUCCUGUUUUCAAAUUUUUCCAUUUCUCUAUUUUAGCCAAAAGAAAAAGCCAAGAAUUCUAUUAGACCAUUAACUAGUGAGCAUGUCCCAUUCUUCCUUUUUCUAGUCCCAGCUGUUCUUACCCUCUUCUGCUUUACCCAAUUUCUGACACAGUGACAUUAAUAAUUCUAAAAGUUCUAUUUAUAUUAACACUAUUUUAAUUGUAUAACCUUAAGUGAUAUGGCGAUUGCUGGAAAGAAUAAAACAUGAGCAGAAUUUCAUGGAUAUAGGAAGCUUAGAAUGGUACAUUUUACAAGUUGCAACAGAUCAUAUGAAUCAGGAAAGUAUCCUCAAAAAUUACUUUGCUUUGAAAAAUAUGAUUUCCUUUUUUAAUAAAAGCAUGCCUCUUUACUUGCCCAAUGUUACUGGUAUUAGGCCAAAAUUGAAAAUAAUGAUGAUGAGAUAUUAUGCUUCGGAAGGUUUACAAAAUUUCCACUCGUGGCCUUUCCUCUGUGCUCUCAUAGUGAGAAAAAGAUGCCUUGUGUCUCUUCCUCUUCUUACAAGGAUGCAAGUCCUGUGGGAUUAGAGUCCUACUCUUAUGACCUGAUUUCAUCUUAAAUACUUUGUUAAAGGCCUUAUCACCAAAUAUAGUCACAUUGGGGGUUAAGGCUUCAACAUAUAAAUUUGAAAGGGGUGGGGACACAAUUCAGUGCAUAAUAAGCUUUACCAAGAAAUCAUGGCCUAUGUUUCUGCCUUUAAUCAACAAAUAUUUAUUGUGUGACUUUUAUGUACAAGGGACAAUUCUGAGAAUUUCCUUAAAAUAAUAAAGAUAAUCAAUGGAAUGAUUUUUUUUUUGAGCAUAUGAGGAUGUCAGUACUGUUUUAAAGGUAAACAGGUUACUUUAGGAGAAAUAAAGAAUCAUUGAAAAAUUAUUUCACUAAUUCUAAUGAAAUUUUUAA